CUUGUUUGUUGUGUUUCAUAGAUUUUCGGUUUGCCUUGUUUGAGCUGCCAACGCCUGGGCAGUCAGAGUCGAGUGCACUAUGACACGUUUCAGUGCCGCCGUCAGCGACAGCAGCGAUGACGAACACGACAUACAUAUGGUCCAGGACUUCAACAAGUCUCCGGUGCGGUCGCCACCGAAACCACUGAAAGAUCACAAUACCGAAGCUGGUUCAGACGAAGACAUAGGAGUUGACCAAGAAUCAGAUGAAGAAACGUCGGAAGAAAGCUCGUCAGAUAUGCAGGAGGACGCCCUCCCCCCCACUCGCUCAAGACUGACUGCUUCAGGUUCUGCUUCGUCUGGUGAAUCCGAUGUGGAUGUACCAGCCCAACGGGAGGACAUUGCAGUGAUACCAUGGGCUAGACAAGUCGGUGUGGAUGCGCAAAAGAUGCACGUUAUGCAGACUUCGCUAUUUCGUAUACCGGAGGAGGCCGUGGCAAUUAAGGCUAUGAACCGUGCAACACGACCCCAUUUCAAGCUGCCGCCUACAGUCAGGCGAAAACACAGUCGUGACUCCAUUGGAGACGGAUUGCGGGUGGACUCCCAGGAGAGGGCCUCAUUUGCGCAUGAUAUAGAACCGCCAGCUUACCGACCGUCUAGGAAGUACGCCCGAGUAGAAACAUCUGCCUCUGCCGUGGCUGGCUAUGAGGAUGGUCUGGUAGACGCUGGUUUGGCGUUUGGUCGAUCCUUCCGCGUAGGCUGGGGACCAGGUGGCACUUUGGUCCACCUUGGGCGACUCUGUGCCCCGUCGAGUCAAAUUGACACUUCUGCAAAUUCUUCCGUCAUCACGAAGACAAUUGUACCGCUCUUCGCAGGCUCCCAUAAAGAGGUCAACAACCGGCUUUCACUGGAAUCCCCCUUCGCCGAUCCAUCUACCGACCUUGAUUUCUCCUCUUUCGUCUCCUUAUACCCUUCCUCCGAUCACUCUGAUGAACAGUCUCUUUUCCGACUCGGUCGCGCGUUAUUCGACACCAUCGAAUUGCACCUCGCGUCGGAGAUUACUGUUGACGUGCGCAAUCGGAUAUCUGCAGUGCGGCGGAAGGCCGCAUUGUCAGAUUGGCUUGAGGAGGCUGUAGGUCAUCUUGUAGAUGCUGAUAUCAAGAAACUUGCCUCUGGGGACUCUGCUGCAUGCAUUUACACACUCCUUACAGGCAACCAAAUAGAGAGAGCCUGCGAAGCAGCCAUGGACAACGGCUACAUCAAACUCGCAACUUUGAUAUCACAGGCUUCGGGUGACUUCGAGUUCAGGGAAGACUUGAAGGAACAAAUCCAGCUCUGGCCAUGCAGCAAAAUUUAUGCCCUACUGGCCGGAAUACUGGAUGUUGUGGAGGGCUCAAAAGGCAGUAGUCUAGAGCAGUGUCCAGACGUUGACCCUGUCAAGGGUCUUGACUGGAAGCGGACCUUCGGUUUGCACUUAUGGUUCUCUGAGCCGUUGGAUACACCAAUAUCACAGGUUUUCGAGUCAUACAACCGAUCACGGCAAGAGUCGCCUUUCCGUGUCUCCCCUCCACUCCCAUCAUACCUCGAACACACAUUAGAAUCGCUGCCAUUCAAAAUUCCCACUCCAUCGCCUUCCGACGCUCUCUUCUCUCUAAUCCGCUUGCAUGCAGACCCUGCAUGUUCAUUAUCACAAGCCCUCUCCCCACUCUCAUUCGGGCCAUCGCCAGGCGACUUUUCACUCUCAUGGCAUCUGUAUAUCAUCCUAUCACGAUGUAUGCGCAUUCGCGACUUUGCGGAUCGCGCAGACCCGGGACGGCCCAGGGAUGCUAUGGAUGAUGAUGAUGACAAUGAGCAAGAUCAGCAUGAAGGUCAUAGUCCAAGCGCUGACCUGCUUGCGAGCAGCUAUGCACACCAACUGGAGCAGCUUGGCAUGCUCCAGGAGGCUGUUUUUGUGCUUUUGCACAUUGAAGGAUCUGCGGGUCGCGAAAAGGCGAUCAAGGACCUUCUUCACCGCUCUGCCGACAAACUGGAUGAGUGGAUGUGUAGUGGUAUACUCGGAAGCCUCAAGAUCCCCAUGGCUUGGGUAAAUGAAGCAAGAGCUGUAUUUGCUAUUUAUGAAGGCGAAGUUUUUGAGGCCUACCAACUGUACUUGAAUGCAGGAUUGUAUCAGCAGGCUCACGACCUUGCCAUCGUGGAGCUUGCACCUGAAGCAGUCAUUCGGCAGGACCUUGAUCUACUUAUAUCAUUAUUUGAAAGAAUUGCCAAUCAGACCAUCGACGGGUGGCAUACCCGAGGCAAGGCCUAUAUGGACUAUGCUCAUGCUAUGACACGCAUCCCCGAAUUGCAUGCUUCGCUGUCAGACUCAGUCGCGCCAGAUGGGGUCGAAGAGCAGGAGUUGGACAACUUCACCCGUACUGUGCCCCGACUUAUCAACAUUUUGCCCGACGUAUUGUCCAAUUCAUCUGACCCACGACACAAAGUCGCACUAGCCGAGAUGGUUUCUGGCCUGACAGCUGUGCUUGAUCUUGUGAAGCCUUUGGCUCUGUCGCAGUCACAAAUAAAGUUAACUUCAAUCGACGAGGCUACUAAGCUGCGGCAUAUACAAACGACAUUUUUCGAAAAAUAUAUAAGGUCAAUUCAAGCCUCGUGAUUACUGUUGGGGAAGAUUGUUGCCUCUUCGCGUUUAUCGUUGUAUUUAACCAUCGUAAAUACCUUUUUCUCCCCGUAUUGUAACUAGUGAAGUGAAGAACUACUUAUCAGAUCUUCAUACAAGUGGAUGAACUUUUGUACUUGCUGGCCUUUGUUGGCAUAAUCCAAACAACGCGCCUUCGGAGUUCCAAAUUGUAGAAGUGGCCAGCCUGCCAGCUGCAGUGACUUAUGUCCCGAGAUUUCUGAAUCUGCACG